AUGGAGGAUAGCCGGCCAGAAGCCCAGGACCAGGAGAGCGCCCGCGACGGUGCUCCGGCCUCCGGCCUCCGGGCGCGAGACGGCGUGAGGCGAAUGGCGGCUGCCGGCUGGAGGGAGGCGCGACUAUCAGAAAGAAAAGGCGAGCUUGACGAGCUCGGACUGGAGCGCGCAGGUGACGUCGAGGUCCUGGAGCUGGCGGAGGACGUGGACCCAGGCGUCGAGCGUGGAGAGGAAGAAGCCAGCUGGGAGAGGUCCAGCUCCGCGGAGGCCUGCGGGUCGAAGGUCGGCCCGGAUUGCGGUCUCCCGGAUCUCGGCCGCCGCAGGGGGAACCAGCACCAUCGCGGCGACGAGGAAGAGGAGGGCGGUCAGGGAGGGCCCCCGGUGCGCCACGGCGUGCAGCGACGGCGAGGCGGCCAUUAUGUGUGCCCGUCCAGCAACCUUUGUGCUCUGCUUUCUCCGCUCACCCCCUUCCCCUCAACGAUAGACACCAAGACUAAGGCUGAUCUUGAGGAAGUUGUUGUCGCUGAAGCUGAUAUUAUGAACUUGCAGCAAAAGGUUUCUGAUCUUCGGGGACAACUCAACAACCAAGUUCAGUUGAGUUCCACCUCGUUAUGUGAAUCAUGCAACAACAAGCGAUCCAUAAAUGCAGACAAGCUUGUCGAAGGUGAACAAAACGCUGCCCUUUCUCCACAGAUUGCCUCAGUCGAAGCACCACCAAUUGUAGGGUCUUAUUCUGUACCUGACAUGUUCUGGGCUACAAACCAAAUGGUUCAGAAGAUGUUGUAUUCAAAGGGUGAGAUUGCGAAGGAUGGCCAAGACGGAUCACUUACAUCAAGAUGGAACUUUGCACAGAGACCACACUCAAAUAGUCCAGUCGUGAGCAGGGUUCAAGGUUCUGAUGCCUAUUCAAGUACUAAAACCGAGGAAUCUGGAGGCGCACCUUCCUCUGCAUUAGCCAAGCUGACAUAUGUAUCUUUCAAGUAG